UUGCGGGGCGUCUAUUUUAACCGCAGGACGACUAGGCUGGCAGUCGCGAUGGCUGCGUCCGGUGAGGAGGAUAUGUCGGAACUGUCCCCUGCUGCUCCUCCAAAUUUGGAUUGGUAUGAGAAGCCGGAAGAAACUCACGCUCCUGAGGUAGAUCUUGAGACUGUCAUCCCGCCAGCCCAGGAACCUUCCAAUCCUGCGGAGCCCUUUUGCCCAAGAGACCUGGUGCCGGUGGUGUUUCCUGGGCCUGUGAGCCAGGAAGACUGCUGCCAGUUUACUUGUGAACUUCUCAAGCAUAUCAUGUACCAGCGCCAUCAGCUCCCUCUGCCCUAUGAACAGCUGAAGCACUUCUACCGGAAAGCUCCCCAGGCAGAGGACACAGCAAGGAAGAAAGCUUGGCUCGCCACAGAGGCGAGGAACAGGAAGUGUCAGCAGGCUUUGGCGGAGCUGGAGAGCGUCCUCAGUCACCUACAAGACUUCUUUGCCCGGACACUCGUACCACAAGUGUUGAUCCUUCUUGGAGGCAAUGCCCUCAGCCCCAAAGAAUUCUAUGAACUCGACCUGUCCAGGCUGGCCCCGUUCAGUGUGGACCAGGGCCUGAACACGGCGGCUUGCUUGCGUCGUCUCUUCAGAGCCAUCUUCUUGGCCGAUCCAUUUAGCGAACUGCAGACUCCCCCGCUCAUGGGUACCAUUGUCAUGGUUCAGGGCCACCGUGACUGUGGAGAAGAUUGGUUUCAACCGAAACUGAACUACCGGGUGCCCAGCCGGGGCCACAAACUCACGGUGACACUGUCAUGUGGCAGACCUUCCGUCCCAACCAUGGCUUCAGAGGAUUACAUUUGGUUCCAGGCACCGGUGACACUUAAAGGUUUCCAUGAGUGAAGGUCUAGGGACAAUGGCUGAAUUCUCUCCCCUUCUUGUGCUAGGGCACCCAUCUUCCCGCUGAGGGAGGAGGAAGGCUCUGUCCUGGCCAUGUGCCUUCUCUCCCCAGACUUCCUGGUGACUGAUGGUGUGUGGCUGGGGCUGUGAUAAUUGUCAUCAAGCAAAGUCCCCCGAAUCAGUGAUUGGCUCCCAGAGGCCCCUGCACCAGGAGGAUCUGUUUGGGAGUAGACAGCAAGGCUGUCAGUCAAUCCCUCUAAUGGAGGUGGUCCCUCUCUUCUGCUUCAUGCUAUGGAUUUUCAGAACUGUUGUCAGGAUGAUAAUGUGGGUGUUACUCAUGAUUUUAAAUGAUGAGAUGAAUAAAGCUGUGUGAAAUUUUCCUAAAA